AUGGGUUUUCCCUCUGAUCGCUAUAUCGGCAACACCCUUUUGAAGAUGUAUGUUGAUUGCGGUGCUUUUCUGUUUGCACGAAACGUGUUCGAUGAAAUGCCUGUUAGAGACGUUGUGUCUUGGAGCUCCAUGAUUGUGGCUUCUGUUGCCUCCAAUUCCCCUUUGGAUGCUUUAGGUGUGUUUCGAGAGAUGAAUGUGGUUAAUGAAAAGCCGAACUCGGUCACUUUGCUGAGUUUGCUUUCUGCUUGUACUCAAAUGCUCAAUGUCAAUGCUGGCGGGUCCAUUCAUUGCUACAUUACAAGGAAUUGGGUUGAAAUGGGUGUUGCAUUGGGCACGGCUUUAUUUGAGAUGUAUGGUAAGUGUGGGAAGAUUGACCAGGCCCUUUUGGUUUUCAAUUCAAUGCAUGAGAAGAACUUGCAAUCCUGCACUAUCAUGAUCUCUGUGCUUGCUGAUCAUGGGCGUUGGAAGGAUUGUACUUGUCUGUUUAUCCAAAUGGAGGCUAUGGGGUUGCAGCUAGAUAGUAUGUCUUUUACUGUGAUCCUCUCAGCGUGCAGCCACAUGGGACUUGUUUACGAGGGCAAGAAGUAUUUUGAUCGGAUGGUGAGAUUGUAUGAUAUAGAGCCAACUGUUGAGCAUUAUGGUUGCAUGGUUGACUUGCUAGGAAGAGCUGGAUUGAUUCAAGAAGCUUAUGAUAUCAUCCAGAACAUGCCCAUGGAGCCCAAUGAUAUCAUAAUGAGGAGUUUUCUGAGUUCUUGCAGAAAUCAUGGGUGGAUUCCAAGUUUGGAAUAUAAUCUGCUGUCUAAACCGAACUCUGAAUUGGGGCCAAAUUAUGUUCUUGCUGCUAAUAUUUUUUCCAUCCGUGAUUCCUGGAAGGAUGCCAAUGACUUGAGGUUAGCCAUGAAAGAAAAGGGGUUGAAGAAAAUUCCUGGUUUUAGUUGGGUGGAGGUGCCAAAUUGA